CCCUCCUCUCCUCUGUUUCCCCUCUUGUCCGGCUGCUGCUGCUGCUGCCGCUGCUGCAGCGGCGGCGGCGGCGGCUGCCGGUCCUCCUCCUGCUGCCCGCGAUGGUGGCAGGUUUGCUGGGCUGCUGGGGCGGCGGCGGCGGCCGGUGGUGGACAGUGCCCGGCACUUGGCUGUGCUUGAUGGCGCUGCUGCUCCUGGGCUCCCCUCCGCGGGGAUCCGUGCUGGUGCACGGCCGUAGGCUCAUCUGCUGGCAGGCGCUGCUGCAGUGUCAAGGCGAGCCCGAGUGCAGCUACGCGUACAACCAGUACGUUGAGGCGUGCGCACCAGUCCUGCUGCAGCGGGGGGGCCAGGAGGCUGCAGCCGCUUCUUCUUUCCCCUCCUCCUCUGCCUCCUUCUCCUCCCGCUGGCGGUGCCCGAGCCACUGCAUCUCGGCCCUGAUUCAGCUCAACCACACCAGGAGGGGCCCAGCACUGGAGGACUGUGACUGCGCACAGGAUGAGAACUGCAAAUCUACCAAGCGUGCCAUCGAACCGUGCUUGCCUCGGACGAGCAGUGGAGGUGGGGGCUCCAGCGGGGGCGCCGGGGGAGCAGGCGGGGGAGGUGCCGGGGGCGGCGUGAUGGGCUGCACCGAGGCCCGUCGGCGUUGUGACCGCGAUAGUCGGUGUAACCUGGCCUUGAACCGCUAUCUCACCUACUGCGGGAAGCUCUUCAACGGGCUGCGCUGCACCGACGAGUGCCGCGCGGUGAUCGAGGACAUGCUGGCCGUGCCUAAGGCUGCGCUGCUCAAUGACUGCGUCUGCGACGGGCUGGAGCGGCCCAUCUGCGAGUCGGUGAAGGAGAACAUGGCCCGGCUCUGCUUCGCGUCCGAGCUAGGGAACGGCCCGGGCAGCAGCGGCUCCGACGGCGGCCUGGACGACUACUACGACGAAGACUACGAUGAUGAACAGCGGGGCGGUGGGGGUCUCGGAACGGCCGGAGACUCUCAGUACGAGGAGGAUGGGCUCCCGCACCCGGCUCGCCCGGGCGGCGGCGCUGCUGCAGCGGCUGCUGCAGCUGGAGGAGGGCGCGGGGAGCUGCCCUACGGGGACGGGAGGAGGAACCGCGGCUCCCGCUCGGCUCCCGAGGGCGCCUGGACUCUGCUCGUCUCCAUUUUGCUGCUGCUGUUCCUGCGGCCGCUGUCGUAGCCUUUUUUCUCCUAACUCCUCUGUUCCUCCAUGUGCUUGGUCUAUUGAUUCCCCGAAGUCGCCCCACUCGAUCACGCUCUCCCGGGUCUCCCUUCCACCUUUCUCUUUCUCCUUCGCUUCCUUAUCUCUGCCUUUUCCCAUCACCUCCCCACAGCCCCCAGCAUACUUUGCCCUCCCCGGUAACAGUAAUCGGUACUUAAAACAGCUUUAGAGGAGUUAGGGAAUACUUUGCUUCCUACUCCCCCAGACUCUUUUUUCCCCCCGUUUUUCAAAACUAAUGUACUGUCCCCUGGUUUCUCCCCUACCUUCCCCUGGAUUUCCCUACAGUACCCACACCAAUUUUACACAUUCCUCUUCCAGAAAAGUAGCGAGAAUCUUGGGUUGUUGUUUUUGUUUUUUCCCUCCACCCCACCCCGACUCCAACUCUACUAUAGAUACUCCAAAUCACUUGGUAGGCUGGAACCCCGGCUUUGUAUGAGACUUAAGGCAGUUCAGGGAGUGGGAGAGGGGUAGAAGUAGCAGGGCAGGAGGAAAAGAGACACCCUUCAGAUUAAGUGGAGUUCUAAUGAGUGCAUUCUUCCCAGUUUUGUCCCACCCAGUUCUGGGCUGGUGAGUGGCUAGUUGAGAGAUAUUUGAAAGAGAUAAGCUUGAAAUGCUGCUUAAGGUUUAUUUGCAAGUCUCCUCUAAGGUACUGUGCAAAGAGUCUUACGGUUUGACCUAUUAGAAUCUUUUAAAGAGUCAGUUACUUGAAUUAAAGUCUCAUUCAUUCAUUCAUUUCUUCUCGGCAUCAGUGCCCAGAAUAUUCUUAGUGACGAAAGAAGCAGGGAUCAGGUUCUUAUUGCUAUUUUACUUGCUGGGGAAGAGGGAAAUAUCUAAACUGUGUGAUGGUUAGUAACGUACUUAGCUAAUUCCAUUCCUAUUUUUAAAAAAAAGUUUCAGAUCAAAUUUGACUUCCCGUUCCAUCAUCCAGUAUUCAAACUCAAAUGCUGAUGUAGGAAGUUAUUAAUGAUACUAAACAAUGCAACUUUUGUUUUAAAAGAGCGCUGCACUGCCAUCUCCGAAAGACACUUUGUGGUGUUUAGUGGUUAUGUUUGCGUUUUUUGUUUUGUUUUGUUCUGGUCUUUUUACAUUAAGAACUUCUGUGUACCUUGAGAAAUUAUAUUGCCUCUACUCCUAUCAGGGUGCUGAACUCUGGUAAAUCUUAUAUAAAAUGUAUUUAAAACUGGGAUUUGUUACCAGUCGCUGUACCUUGUAUAUAGAAUUUUUAUAAAAUGUAUGCUUCAAAAAUAAUUUAUUUUUUAAAAAAAAGAAAUUAAAGUUUAAAAUUUACGUUCAUGCUACUCUUUUUUAAAGAAAUGUACAGAUUUCAUUUGUUUUAAAGGAUACAAAAUACAAUAAUCCAUUGUGAAGUAUGCACUAGGACAGCAAAUGUACAGUGUAUUUUAUAGAUUGGACGUUAACUUUCUUAUUUUUAAGAGAAUUUAUGGACGAUGUUGUUGAUUUGUAUAAAUACAUUUCCAGACUGCCUUAAACAUUGUCUUUUAUAGAAGGCAUAAGAAGUCCUAUGUAACUAUGGCUUUGUGUAUUUUUGUUUUGUUAAGUGUGUACAUCAGUAAAGAGUUUUAAAUAAGGAA